GCUUUUCUCAAGUAUUUUAUCAUGAUCAAUGAAAUCCGCACACUACAUCCCAUCUAUAAGUAUUUUGUAUAGAAAUAUUUCAGUUGACACACAAAUUGACAUCGAAAAUGCCCAGCAAGGCACUUCACAUCAAAACAAACAACAUUCGUGUUGUAACGUCACACAAUUGGACUGUUUUCCAGAAAUGCAGUGAGUGUAGUUUUUAAAACCUCGAAAAUAAUGAAAGAGUUGUAAAUACAUUGCUAUACACAAUUAAUUGGAGUACUUGUACAAUAAACAUGGUGAAUAAAAUGUAUAUCAUGAAACGUUUUGGCAAUUUUUGCAAUGCUGAUAUGAGAAGUUUUAAGUUCCAUGUUUCAUUGGAACUUCAUUUCCCAGACGGCACUGCAAUCUUAUUGAACGUUUUGAGAGGAGUGGAGACUGCUUUCACUCUUCACAUUGCUUGCCAGCAGGGACACAGACGUUCGCAGUUGAAAAAUAUAUUCGGUGAAUAAUUAAUGUUGUACAGACUUUGGCUGGUCCAAAACGAAUUAUUUUAGUAUAACUAUCAGUAGCAAAGUAACUGCUUUUUAAAAUAUUAAUUUGAUCAAUAGCUAGCGCCUUAUGCUAACUACUAGCUAUAUCCACGGCAGUCAGCUAGGUCGGUGAGCCUAACUACUGAAAUACCAAAACAUUUAUUUUUAGUAUGAGUUUUUCUAAAUUCAGCUAUUUUAUAAAGAUAAUUAGCCAGAUAACACAUUGCGCGGUUUCACAACAAAUCCAUCCACCUGAAGCAAAAUAAAAGUUGGCUAACUAGCAUUUGUCCGCAUCGCAAAAUCGCAACAAAAGAAAACGUUUUUUGUGUUUUUCUUUGCAGAAUCAGGUGGCUAGCUAGGUUGUUACGUGUGUUCGAGUAAACAACGAGGUUAACUAGCUUCGCUAGUUUGCUAUAUUACCAUGGCGCAACAUGGUCCUACUCACGUAGCAAGCUCACAGAAAGCAUUAAUGUUAGAAAUGAAAAGCCUUCAAGAGGAGCCAGUCGAGGGCUUCAGAAUAACAUUGGUGGACGAGGCAGAUUUAUACAAUUGGGAAGUGGCCAUUUUUGGACCUCCUAACACCCACUAUGAAGGAGGGUAUUUCAAGGCUCGCAUCAAAUUCCCCAUUGACUACCCCUAUUCACCACCUGCUUUCCGUUUCCUCACCAAGAUGUGGCACCCCAACAUCUAUGAGAAUGGGGACGUGUGUAUAUCAAUUCUGCACCCUCCAGUUGAUGACCCUCAGAGUGGAGAGCUGCCCUCUGAGAGGUGGAACCCUACCCAGAAUGUUAGGACCAUCCUUCUAAGUGUCAUCUCUCUGCUGAACGAGCCCAACACCUUCUCUCCGGCCAAUGUGGAUGCCUCUGUCAUGUACCGUAAGUGGAGAGACAGCAAGGGCAAGGACAGAGAGUACGCAGAGAUCAUUCGGAAGCAGGUGUUGGCCACUAAGGCUGAGGCGGAACGCGACGGGGUGAAGGUCCCCACCACACUGGCCGAAUACUGUGUCCGCACUCGCGCCCCGCCACCUGACGAGGGCUCUGACCUCUUCUAUGACGAUUACUAUGACGACGAGGAUCUGGAGGAUGAAGACGACUGCUGCUACGAUGAAGAUGACUCUGGGACAGAGGAGUCGUGACGCGUCCUAAAUGUGAACCUGGAUGGCUGACGCAUGCGCUCCCUGACUUCUCCCAUAGGAGAGACAGUUCUGAAAGGACUACUUCACAUAUUUUAAACCUCUCACUUUUUCUAUCCACAGAUGGCAAGUGGUUCUCCUCCGCCGUUUCUUCUCAGAAUCCAAGAACACUUAGGCUGGGCCUGAUGUGCUCAGUUUUCUACCAGUGGAAAGGCUGCACCUGUUGUUUUCUGAAAGGAUUGACUAAAAUAAAUGACAUGCUACCUUUUGUCCUUGUUUGACUACCUGUAAAAAAAAAAAAACGGGUGUCAACAUUGCACUGGUGAAAACACAUGGUAAAUCAGGCCCAUAAGUUAGAUCUCUCACUUGUUAAGUUUCCCUUCAACUUGCCGCCUCUAGUUCCCUCACCUAUAGACUUCAUUGACUGAACAGGUGACUGGAGACUUCUCCAUCUGUCAUGGUAUCUGUGUGACUGACACAGCAGAACUUCUUUAUCUCCAAGAUGAGGUUCUGUGUUCUCACCACCCUUAAAUUUUUGUGCGAGAGAAAACGGACGAUACAUUUUGCAACAUGGGUGUUUCUGCAUGUCAGACAUCUUGGACACGUUAAAUUUUCUUAGAUGGACCGUUGCUCUUGUCGCCAUACUGGUUUGAUUGAAUUUAGAAAAAAGUGUGAUCAUGGAAACGCUAAUGACUUCUGUCUGGGGUCCCCAGGUUGAGCUUGAGCUGUGGCCCAAACCCAGUUUGAACAUUUUAACAGUGUUUUGCUGGCUUGGAGAACACCAGCUCAGAUAGUUAUGGCUGUCAUUUGAAAGUGGAAUGUGUGCUUCUAAAGAGCCCAACGAUGCUGCGGCAACCAGUUCUCCUGCGUUUGGACAGAAUCUCCUCAGAGACCCUUUGCUCAUCAAGGUUCUCCUCUGCGAAGCAGGAUGGAGCCAGCGAUCUCAACCAGUGGAGCCCAACUGUAUGGAGAGAAAAAAAAAGUUAGCUGUAUGGGUUUAGCAGCUUCAUAAUUAGCUACGUUUGCAGUUUUUAUUCUUCUUUCAUUGAGAAUUAUGCCUGUAGUCUUUGUUAGAGAAUGCUUUCAAAUGUCCUGGGGUCGAUGUUGGUGGGUUUCUGUAGGAAGAUUGUAUCUCUUCAAUAUGUUGUAUCAGUCAGCAAGCAGUGGGAAUUGGGAAUGAAAAUGGCAGCCACUUUUGUUUUUGCUUAUUUAUUUUGUGUGUGCUGCUGGGGGGUGCUAUCAUGAAUCUCCAAACAGGUGUGGGUCCGUGUGUGUGUGUGUCAGCAAUAUUGGAUGUUGCAUCUUAUUCUAAUUUGGCUUAAUUUAACUUCCUCUGGAUAUUUAAGAAUGCUAAUUUUUUAUUUUAAGGUGGUAACGUGAUCUAGUUUAUCCUACCUGGUGGCUUCAGAUAUGGUUUACAGUAACAUGUACACUUACUGAUAUGCACAUGGACGAUCACCUUUUCAUUUUAUUUACAUGUAUUUUAUUUUUUGCCUAUUUAAAACUGAACAAAUAAAGAUCAUUAUCGGAAAACAAA